AUGGCGGCGCCGCUGGCGGCUCCGGGCGGCGCCGGGGCCGGGCCCGGGGCCGGGGCCGGGGCCGGGGCCGUGCGGGGCGGGCGCGGGCCGGCGCUGCGGGAAGGGGCGCGGGUGUCGGCGCUGUGCCUCGCCUGGUACGGGCUGAGCGCCGGCGGAAACGUGGUCAACAAGCUGCUGCUCGGCGGCUUCCCGAGGCCCGUCACCGUGUCGCUGUUCCACAUCCUGGGGCUGUGCGGGCUCCUGCCGCCGCUGCUCCGCGCCUGGCGCGUCCCGCCCGCCGGCCCCGCGCAGCUGCCGCCCCGCGCCUACCCCCGCUACAUCCUCCCGCUCGCCUUCGGCAAAUACUUCGCCUCCGUGUCCGCGCACGUCUCGCUCUGGCGGGUCCCCGUGUCCUACGCGCACACAGUGAAAGCCACGAUGCCGAUCUGGGUGGUUCUGCUGUCACGGAUCAUCAUGAAGGAAAAGCAGACGACGAAGGUGUACCUGUCUCUGAUCCCCAUCAUCACUGGUGUCCUGCUGGCCACGGUCACAGAGCUGUCCUUUGACAUGUGGGGACUCAUCAGUGCACUUGCUGCUACUCUGUGCUUUUCACUUCAGAACAUCUUCUCAAAGAAGGUGUUGAGAGAUUCUCGAAUUCAUCACCUGCGGUUGCUGAACAUCCUUGGGUGCCACGCUGUGUUCUUCAUGAUCCCAACGUGGGUUCUGGUGGAUCUUUCUUCCUUCUUGGUAGAGAAUGACUUGAGCACGAUGUCUCACUGGUCCUGGACCUUGAUGCUGCUUAUAAUCAGUGGAUUCUGUAAUUUUGCCCAGAAUGUUAUUGCUUUCAGUAUCCUUAACCUGAUCAGCCCCCUCAGUUACUCCGUGGCCAAUGCCACCAAGAGAAUCAUGGUGAUCACCGUGUCCCUGAUCAUGCUGCGCAACCCUGUCACCAGCACCAACGUCCUGGGCAUGAUGACAGCCAUCCUGGGGGUCUUCUUGUACAACAAGACAAAAUACGAUGCAAACCAAGAGGCAAAGAAGCAGCAGCUGCUCCCAGUCACCACUGGAGACCUGGUGAACUUGGAACGGCACCGAAAUGCUCCUGAAAAGUCCCAGAAUGGACUCGCAGCCUUUGGGCAGCACGGAGACUUUCAGUACGGCCGCAGCAAUGUCCUCACAGACCACUUCCAGUACAGCAGGCAGAGCUAUCCAACAUCCUACAACCUGAAUCGUUUUGAUAUUUAGGAUCCUGGCAGACAGGUACAGACUGUGAUAUCAAAGUGUCCCCAGCAUUAUCAGAAAACUUUUAGUACAUCCAUGAAUGUCACAAAGCCAUUGAACUGUGCAGGUUUGGCAGCAGGGCAGGUGCUUGUGGAGGGGAGUGGUGCAGGACCUGCAGCUGCUGCUGGGCAGAGCUUUAAACCUGGAACAGCCAGACCUGACACUGGAACCAAACCCACAGAGCAGAUUCUGGUGAGGUGCACGUGUCACUGCCCAGUGGAACAUCUGUCACUGCUCCUGUCAGAGUCUGCCAGCUCCUUGUUCUCUUGGCAGCUGAAUUCUGGCCAGUAUCUCGUUUCCAUGCUGGUAAUGUCACCUUUAACUUGUUCUCUAAUAACGGUUCAAUGAUACUUUUAGUGAAGCUUUCAGAAAGAAGUGAAAGCAAGGGGUACUUGUGCUUAUCAGGAUUUGUCUAAGGAGGAUUGGCUGAGGUAGAACAGCUGCAGGCAGGUAAACUCCAGUUCAUCUCCAGCAUCUGUGGAACUUUUGUGGAUAUUCACAACUCUUGUGCCUCUGCCUUCAGUCCUGGAUGACAAACCAGAAGUGUUUCUGGAGAAGCAGGCAGUGGAAAGAUUGAUCUCUCUCAGAACUGCUUCAAGCACAGAAAAACACAGUUCUCCAAAUCCCUGGUCAAGGCAGAGAACAACCAAACCCAUUAAAAUCAUCAUUGUUUUCUGAAUCAUGUAGUCCUGUAACUCCAGACAUUGCUAUCCCUUGGCCAUACAGGAAACUUCUUCACAAAUAAAAGUGUUUGGAAUAAUAUGAUUUUAUUUUUUUACUUGCUUCACACCUGAUCUUUCAAAACUGCUUUGUUGCUUUAGAAAUUGAAAGGUGAAAGGUGUUUUGUUCUCAGUUUUAUGCAUAAGUUAUGCUUCCUUAUAUGAGUCAUAUAUUUUGAAUGCAUUGAUUUGAACAAUCAUUAUUAAUUGUUUCUUAAAUCUUUUUAGCCUGUAAUUGUUUGGGUUGUUAAAAUUUCUUAAUUACUGCUGUUGGAGUAGCUGUGUGGGUUUAGCCUGACUUCCACUUCCUGCUGAAAGAAGUUAAAUUUUGUAUCCUGUGCUGUUCCUGCAACUCCCUCGGCUCGAAUAGGAAAUUCAAGAAAAAUUGUUUGAAGCAGCAGUAAAUAGAUAAUUUAUGGUUAAGAACUGAUUCAGUAUGAAGUCUAGACAAGGUGAUUGUGUGUGUCAGGUACUGUAUUUGUGCAUGGAAGGGAUGAAACUUGGCUUUCAUUCCUUUGAAAUUCAUUGGAAUGAAGUGAAACCCAACUUGGAACUUGGGUUUCACGGAAUCAGAUUUUUCUGUCAUUGCUUUAGCAAAAGAUUUUAGGGGCCUUCUUUCCUUUCCAGACUGUUGUACAGUGAGACUUUGAUAGCAUAAGUUUUAUGCUUUUAACCAGAGAGGUACCAGACACCAGUGACAAAAUUCAGGGUGUGGCACAGAACACUCCUCUUAUUUAUUGCUUUACAAAUGACCAUUUCCAUGAUGUGAGAUGAUGAUUUGGCUCCUUUCUGGAUAAUAAAGAAUUUAUUUUUAAGUGCAAAAUCAAGCUGAUCUUAUUCUUUUGGCUGCUGGGGUGGUAGUUACAUUAAUAGCCUUCCACCAGAGAGUCCAAAAGAGGAAAUGGUCCUUCUGAAACUUCAGAGAUGGAUUAAAAAUGCUGCUGCUGUGUGUGAACAGAACUUCUGGAGUUCAGUCUGUUUGUGCAGGCUGAGAACUUGGGCUUUUGGUAGAAAAGCUAAAUAAAUCUGUCCCUAACCCGGGUGA